AUGACCAUGAAAAAAGGGCCUCUGCGCGGACAUCGCCUGCCACUCCGAGUAUCGGAGCUGGCGAGCGGCCAGGCGCUUCUGGCCCUUAGUUGGAUAGUCCUGCAACAGUACUACCAGCAGGGCAUGUCUGGUCCCGUGGGUGUGCUCGACCUUUUGACAUCUCGCAAGAUGGACUACCGCUCCGCCCUCCGUGUGUUGGACAUCGCUCUUGACCAGGACCGCUUCGUUUGCGAGGAAUUGAAAUCGUUUCAGAAGCAGAUCUCAGAUUCUUCAAUCACGGACGAUCAACCAGCGACAAAUCUCCCGGCCAUCCUUUCGUGUGGCUAG